GAUAACUCAUUCGAAACCUGUUUUAAUAAUAAAAAUGGCUGCUGCCACUGGAAAAGAAAUGAAGUUGUUAUUUUUUGACACUUUGCACCACGGAAACAGUAAAGAGGAAUUAAACUUGGACUUGAUUCAGUUUUCUAAGCCAGUCGUUGUACAUGAGCUCAGAGUUGUUCCUUUGAAGACCUACGUAGAGUUGAAUAUAGGAAAAGGUUUACGUUUAGGUGGUACACUUCCUGCAGAGUUUAAAUUGGAUGUAUUUGUUAAUAAUUUAGAAAAACCGAAAUCUUCAACUUUUGAAAAACUUGGCCAGUUGGAUUAUAAAGAAAAUAUAAAUAUAUUAUUAAAGCCUGACAGAGAGGUAGCCACUGAUGGACUUAUAUUGAAGGGUUGGUACAGGACAGUCACAUUGGCUGUGUAUGGCUGGGAAACAGUUGUAAAGCCACCACAAGAUUCACCACCUCCUCCUCCACCACCUCUGCCAGGUCAUCAGCCCCCCCAAAGCAAAGCCAAAAUACCAGGUUUGGACAUCUCAGAUGAGGAGACAACAAAACCAGUGGUUCAACAGCAACAUAAGCUUGACUUCCUUAAUGAACAAGUCCAGAAACGGCAGCAGUUGACGGCAGCAUCUUCAGGUAGAGACUUACACAAACCAUCCUCAAUAGAAGACUCAUUUGAUGUUCUACGAAAACUUUCACCUAGAAGAGACAUUAGCCGUGAUACAGACCGCAGCACUAUCCGUGAUCAAGAUCGAGGCUUAAGCCGUGACUUAGACAGAGGCUCAAGCCGUGACAAGGAUCGUGAUUACACAUUUCCUCCAGAGCCUAAUGAACCAUAUGAGCUAAGAGAAAAAACUGAAAGGGAUCGUUCUCGAUCACGCGAACGUGACAGAGAUUCUCGCCACACAAGCAGAGAUGAUGAGCGCCCUCAUUCUAGAGAGGACAGAGAGAGAGAGCAUAGACGUGAGCGAAUCGGGCGCCACGGUUCUAGAGAGUUGGAAGGAAGAGACAGCAAGGAUCAUUCUCGAGAGAGGUCUCGUGAGCCAAGAGAUAGCAAAGACAAUCGUGACAGUUCCGAAAGGGAAAGGGUGAGAGAGGAACGCCACAGAGACAGGAGUGAGAGAGACAGUGGUCGUGACCUUGAAGACAAAGAAAGGGAAAUAAAACUAAUUGAGACAAGAGAGAGAGAAUCUGAGCAGAAAGAAAAGGAGAUGAAAGAAAAAGAACGAGAGAAAGAUUUACUGAGAGAAAAAGAGCAAAGAGAAAAAGACAUGAAAGAGAGAGAGCAAAAAGAAAAGGAAAAAGAAAAAGAAGCAGAAAAAGACAGAGAGCGACAAGCUAAAGAAAGAGAAUUAGAAUGUGAACGAGAAAAGGAGAGAUUUGCAGAAAGAGAAGUUCGCAGUAAAGAACAUGAUAGACCGGUAUCAAAGCAACCUAGUAGUUUAAGAUCGAGGUCUCGUUCUGGCUCAAGAACUCGCAAAAGAUCUAUCUCUCCCUCAAAGCCAAGGUCUAGCCGUAAUAGAAAAAGAUCAAGAUCAAGGUCAAAAGAGCCUAUCAAGCCACCAGAACCUCCUCUCAGUGGAGAUGAAGACAAUGAUGAGGAUGAAGAAGCCCCUGAGGAUGAAGAAAUGGAAGAUCAAGACUUGUUUAAUGCAGGUUCUGAGAGAUCAGGACUGCGUCGCUACAAAGGGCCUGCAUCUGAUGGAGAAGAUAGGGAAGUAGAAAAGGACUAUGAAGAUAUCUCCUCUGAGGAUGAAAUGGCUGCAAUUGAAGACCCCACCAUGAUGCAGGUUUUAGAUCUGUAUGAGCUAGAGGAAGAACCAUGGGGAGGUUUUCACACCUUGAACCCAGUAGAAUUUUAUGUAACACCUUUAAUGGAGUUAAAGAGCCCGGCACUGUCCAAGUUUGAAAUUCAGAUGUUGCGCUAUGCUAGUCAUGAUGAUGGUGCAAUUGAAAGACCACAAGAGGCCAUUGAGUUGUUGAACAUCAUUUAUACCUUUACUCAGGAAGAACAUACAGACAAAUGGGUUGUAGCUAUAGAAGAGUUGCCAGAUCUUUUAGAGAAGGGCUUGUCUUAUUUGAUGAUACAUGAGAAUAAGAAUGAUUUUCUUGACACACUGGUCAGUUGGGCUAUUAAAGGUUGUGAUUCAGAUAUUGCUAUGAGCCAGCUUGAUGCAGCUUUUAAGGUCAGACAUUUGAAGGCUGGCAUCAGACUUGCUGGCUGUCUUUCAGUCCUGAAUGAGCAAAUAGCACUUACGCUAUUGCAAAGGGGCAUACAGUUAAAACUUGUGUCUUUGAUUGAGAGUGAGUAUAUUGUCUUCAGUAUCAAGCACUUGGCCCUGAGAUCUCUUUCCAAAACAACCCACUUUGCUGUUGGAACACAGUGGUUCCUUGGAGUUCAUCCUGACUACACCAAGGGAGACAAUGAGGAGACAGGAUAUCAAAGACUUGUCAGAAACUUGCUCUUAGAAAAGAUUGUAAAACUAACAAUGUCAAUGACAGCACUUCUCAGAAAAAUUCACUUUUAUGAAACCCUUACUAAUCUCUACAAUACUGUCGAAAGAAUUGUGUCCAGUUGUCCAAUUCCUGAUGAGUCCAGCAAUGAAGAAGAUGAACAGCCACAGUUAAAAGAUGAAGAUACAAACAAGAUAUUGGCUGACCUCGAGGAGGCCACACAGAUUUUUACUGAUCCCCAUUUUUAUAUAGGCCAACAACAUAAUGCUGUACCUUACACAUUGUUAGUGGACACCAAUACCAAGUCAUCAGAGUCAUUGGAAACUAUUUACAAUAUAGCUGAUUCCUGUGGUCUUCUGGAGAGUCUGUUUGCCUUGCUGUCAUGUCCAGCCUCCGCUGCUAACCCUAGUGUAUACCUCUCUGUCCACACUAUCCUGCAGAGGUUCAUGUCCACCCAGGAUGGCCUUCUCUAUCUGUGUUCUCACCCAGAUGUCAUCAAUGGGAUCAUCAGGUGUCUCUUACAGAUGGUGGAAGAACCAGAGGAAUCUGGGGAUGACAUACCAUCUCGACAACUUGGCUUGGAGCUUGUUUACCAUCUUCAAGUGGUCCAGUAUAUUGACCAACUCUAUCACUGUCAAAAUAAAGUUAACAAACUAGUGGAUGACCCAGAAGUGAUAGUCAUUCUACAUGGCCUCUACACCAUGACAUACAGUGCAGCUAAUAGAGAUCCAUUGUUGGGUCGCAACAUUUUAUCCAAAGUGUUUAGCUUUGAUAAGAACAUUGAAGUUCUGUUGCCAUACUUGGAGAGAACAGGUGAUGAAGACUUCGACAUGCUUAUGAAACGUUCCGUGUGUGCCAAUUGUUCAAUUCAACUUCUGCUAAUUGUCAUCAAGACAUCAAGUGAUGUUAAUCUGCUGAGUAAUUACGCUCACAGAUUACUUGCCCUUUGUGAAAAUGGCGGCAGCACAAAAUUGAGUCAACUUCAGGAGUGGCUUGCCCCUGCCAAGAAAGUGACAAGCUUUGAUUUGGAUGGUCUCCCCUCAAUAAUCUCUCAGCUGAAGCAGUACACAGAUGAUGUGAAGAAAGUGCCUCCAGGACUGAUCACCAUUGUCCGUAUGAUUUAUUUUCUGAUAUCUUCUGCUGCUGCUGAUGCAAGUGUGGAUAAUCUAGACACUUUAAAUGAAGCCAAAUACAGAUACGUUAUUGUAGAGUUGUACAGUUCUGAGUGCUUUCCUAUUUUUAUCAACAUUCUUCAAAAAUUGAGUGAAUCUCAGCUCAAAGUCUGGCAGCAAGGUAUUCCUUACACCACUGACCAAUGGCUGACUUACUUCUCUCUAAUCAAGCCAACCCUUAGUCUGGUCCAUGCCACUCUGUGUCAACUUAUUCAGGCGUUUAGAGUAGAGGCUAAGGAAGCACUUAAGAUUGAUACAGAAAUGAAUGGUGCAGGGGAUAAAGAUCCUUUGAUCAUCAAUUCAUUUAAAGAUCUGACUUCUAUACCCGUGUUGUUGGAGCUUCACACAGUCAUGUGCUCUGUUCCUACAUCCUCUCUUUACAACAAUGAUUUGGCCAAGAUUCAGAAAGAUAUAGUUGACACCCUUCUUGCCUUUACUCAGGAAGAGCUGCAAGAGACACAGACUGAUGAUGCCCUCAGUAAAAGUCUCUGGACUCUAAUGCUGAAGGAGCUACUCAAGUACACAAUCAAGUCUCCAUACACUUACAUGAGUGGACUUCUGAUUCUGUCUGAGCUACUGCCCCUGCCAUUCCCACUUCAUACCAAAGAUCCUUUGACAGAUGGGGAAAUGGAUGCUGCUGUGAUGUCUAGGAAGUUAUGGAGUGUCCAUUUGCAGUCUGCAACGCCUGAACUAUUUGCAGUACUAGACACCUUGUCUGGCACUGGUUGUCAGCCCUUGCAGCAUCUGAUGAGACGUGUCUGUUGGCAGAUUGCUGAUCUAGCUGCUCCCUCUUCUUUAAGAAUUACUAAAAUUUUGUUGGACAUCCUUAUGGUCAGUCUGAAGCCCAAGAAACCAACUCAACCCACCGAGGGAGAGGAGGAGCCAACAGCUGUCAGAUCUGUUUCUAUUCACACUGCUAAAACCUUGAACCUUUUGGCCUACUUACUGUCACACCCAGGCAUCAAAGCAGCACUUCUUCAACUCAUUGGUACUAGCAUCAACAAUGAUACCAAGUACAGUGAGUUUCUGGCCAUCAUGUUACAACUGCUGAACCAAACAGCUGAGACUGCUGCUGAAAUCCAAACCCAAGAAGGCAUUGUGUCUAUGAUACAAAAUUUGUGUGACUUAGAAGUAUCCAUGGUAAACACAGACCUACCAGUAACUCUUGCAGAACAUCUGGCUAAUUCCCUCCCAGAGAACAUACUUAUGGCAGAAAUCAUGGCUGCCUUGUUGGAGCACAUUGGCAACCCAUCUCAGUCGUAUGCUUCUAUACUUCCUUGUCUGCGGACACUCACUAUGCUCACCGACCACGACUAUGGCUUUUAUCACCUGAAAAUGAAUUUGGAACGCAACAUAACAGUCCUUCAUACUCUGUUAAAUCGCAUUAACAACACGUUCAGUAAGGACAGCUCUGAUUGCCUAUCCACGCUGUCUUCCACCCUCGAACUUUUGAGGGUCAUGACCACCAUUGACCAGGCAGAAGACAUGGCUGUCACCAGGACCAAAGUCAUCAGCAGAGAAGAGCUGAGGCAGUUCCUGUUGUGGAAUCCUUCCGUCAGACAUCCACUUGAAGAGCUAGAGGAACUUUCUAGAGAGGAGGAAACCUUAGAGUCUAUAUUAGAAAGCAUCACAGCACUGACCAGCAUAUUGAGAUGUCCACCAGAGGUACCUCAGGAAGGGGACACUAAUGUGGAGCCGUUUCAACUCCCCACGCCUGCAUCCCUAACAGACCUGUUCAAUCAAAGAGCAGUCUACACUAUACUUGAUUCAGAGGAUGAGCGACUCAGUCCAAGCUACUGGUUAGCAAACCCUGCCUCUGAUGAGCCUGAUGCUGAACCCGAAGUCUUACGUUGUGAUCUGCAAGCUAUCUGCGAACACCAUCUGCCAGAUUUCAAUCUAGAGGAAGAGCUUAAAAAGGAAGCUUCAACGGCUGAAGAGGACAUGGUGCGACCUAAAAGACCAAAAGACAGAAGAAAAUCACAUGAAAUUAUUAGUAUCAACAGAGGGGGCAAAACAGGCAAAAAACCUUUUGUGGCACCUAUGAGAGGCAGAGGUAUCAUGAACCAUAGUUUGAUGCUGGGCAGUAGGAGCAAUGAUCUCUUUAGGACCAGGGCUCCAAACACCUCCAGGCCUCCCUCUAUGCAUGUGGAUGAUUUUGUAAAGAUGGAGAACAGCCAACAGCAGCAGGAACAACAGCAGCAGCAUCAACAACCACCACUCCGCCCUCCAAUGACACCCCCAUUGCUUCCAGGAAACAGAGACAAUCGAGAAAAAGUGGAUGAGCUACCUAGAGGUAGAGGAUUUGAGAGGGGCAGAGGUUUUGGCCUCCCACCAAGAGGUCGCUUCUAUACACCCCCAGCCCCCUACAGCAGGAGGGAGGCGAUGCUCCAUGAAGCACACCCACCCCCCCCUCCUCCACAACAUCCAUCCCCACACAGAGGAAAUAUGAACUCAGGUAGAGGAGGAGGUAUUUUACCACUUGAACGACCAAGAACUAAUUUCAUGGCACCUAGGCAAUUUCCUAGAGGGUCUGAGCGUCAAGGACCACCUCCAGAUAGACACGGAAACAGGAAUGGAAGGUUUUCUCCUGGCAGAGGUGGUCGAGGCAAUCAGUGGGGCAGAGGCAGAGAUGUCGGGGAGACUGGACGGUUUGCAGGGGGAGGUUUUCGUGGCAGACGUGAUGGUGGUAGACAUGUGCGUUCAUUCACCAAAUAAAGACAGAGUUCUAUCAUUGUGUUUGUGUGUGUACAUAGUAUGUGUAAUUAGGUGAAUAAGUGCAAGUUGAUCUGGUUUUGUUGAGAGACUUCUAGCUGUUACAUUGUUUACUGAAUUUACAUGCAUUAAAUAUAUUGCCAACAUAAAGGAAGCUAAAUUUGUAAAUAAAAAACUUUUGGUAUAGUUGAAAAUUGAGAUUUUCUUGAAGUAUGCUCAGCUUUGUAUGAAAUAAUAUUGAAGACUGGGAGUCCGUGAUUAAACUGAUGUUACUAAGAUUUUUUUUUCUGGGAUCAAGAAUCUUCAGAAGCUGGAGUCUCAGAUUGUGUCACAAUAUGUGAGCAUCUUUUCUUAUAAUUUAUAAAACUAUUUGAAGUUUGUGUAAUUAAGUAGACAUAUGUCACAGUCAAGUUUUUUUUAUUCUGAAUGCUCUAAAUGCUAUUGUUGAACUGUAAGAUUUAUAGUGUAGAUGAUAUGGUGUGUUAAACAUAUUACAUGUUGUUUUUUUUUAUAACAAAUAAAUAUUUUACAAAAUAA